CAGUAUGUACACAGCCUGCGCUGUCAGCUGAUGGAGGCUGCUCCAGCCUAUUUGUUCAGCUCUCUGCUCACAUUACACUUUCCUUGCAAAGUGGAUUUAAAAAGGAAAGCAGCAUGGAUCGGGUCUCUGGGACCCAGUGAUGUGCCUUUUACAGCCUUACUGCUGGGAUUUGCUAUACCGCCUCCUAUAGAACCAGACCAACUUUAACACAGCUCUCCAUUCACUCCAGCCUGGGGGACCCCCAUUGCUGGGGAAUGGGGUCUAAUUUUAAUGACAUAUUGAAGCAGGGCUAUGUGAGGAUUCGCAGCAGGCGCCUGGGGAUCUAUCAGCGAUGUUGGUUAGUUUUCAAGAAAGCAUCAAGCAAAGGACCGAAAAGGCUGGAAAAGUUUUCAGAUGAGAGGGCAGCUUAUUUCCGAUGUUACCAUAAGGUCACAGAGCUGAAUAAUGUAAAAAAUGUAGAAAGGCUCCCCAAAACCACAAAGAAACACGCGGUGGGAAUAAUUUUCAAUGAUGACACCUCAAAAACAUUUGCUUGUGAAUCGGAGCUAGAAGCAGAUGAGUGGUGUAAGGUUCUGCAUACAGAAUGCCUGGGAACUCGGAUCAAUGACAUCAGCCUGGGAGAGCCAGACCUACUUGCAACAGGUGUGGAACGGGAGCAAAAUGAGAGAUUCUAUGUGUAUUUAAUGCCAUCCCCUAAUCUGGAAAUCCACGGAGAGUGCACCUUGCAGAUUACAUUUGAGAACAUUUGCCUGUGGGACAUUCAGAACCCCCGAACCAAGUUAGUCUCUUGGCCACUUAGCUCACUCCGGAGGUAUGGACGAGACCCGGCCUGGUUUACUUUCGAAGCUGGCAGGAUGUGUGACACUGGGGAAGGACUGUUUAUCUUCCAAACCAGAGAGGGUGAAGCUAUUUAUCACAAGGUUCAUUCAGCCGCUCUGGCAAUAGCUGAGCAACACGAGCGGUUACUGCAAACUGUCAAGAAUUCAAUGCUUCAAAUGAGAAUGAGUGAACGCACAAUGUCCCUUAACACAAUGGUACCGCUGCCACGAAGUGCGUAUUGGCAACACAUCACACGGCAGCACAGUACGGGGCAACUCUACAGCUUGCAAGACCUCUCCAAUCCACAGAAACUCCACAGAACUGACACAUUUCCUACAUAUAGAUCUGAACACUGAUAAAGACUCAUUUCUAACUGCCAGAUUUCUUAUACAAUAAUUUGAUGGGAAGUCGGAGGCCGUCAGGAGGGUGGCCCACGAGU